AUGGCUCGCUACUCCGAAUCCACCACGAUGGUGAUCACCGAACCCAGCGGCAACGAAGACUCUGACAGCGAGUCGAAGCUUUGCGGAAAGAUCCUGGUGUUCCUGUCGUGGCUCCUGGUCAUCUUGACUAUGCCGUUUUCGCUCUUCAUCUGCUUUAAGGUGGUUCAAGAAUACGAGAGAGCUGUAAUCUUCCGUUUGGGUCGCCUGUUGUCUGGAGGUGCCAAAGGACCAGGAAUAUUCUUCAUUCUGCCCUGCAUUGAUACCUAUGCCCGCGUCGAUCUGCGCACCUUGACCUAUGAUGUGCCUCCACAAGAAGUACUGACUAAGGACUCUGUCACCGUUUCCGUUGACGCGGUGGUUUACUACCGUGUCCAUAACGCCACUAUCUCCAUCGCGAACGUAGAAAACGCCCAUCACUCGACCCGGCUCCUGGCCCAAACGACCCUCCGCAACACAAUGGGUACUCGGCCCCUCCACGAGAUCCUGAGCGAGAGGGAGACGAUCUCAGGCAACAUGCAAAUUUCUUUGGACGAGGCAACCGAGGCUUGGGGCAUUAAGGUGGAACGUGUGGAGAUAAAGGAUGUUCGCCUGCCGAUACAACUGCAGCGUGCAAUGGCAGCCGAGGCUGAAGCAGCCCGCGAAGCUCGCGCCAAAGUAAUCGCCGCUGAGGGCGAGCAAAAGGCUUCCCGCGCCCUACGCGAAGCGUCCGAAGUCAUCGGUGACAGCCCCGCCGCAUUGCAGCUGCGUUACUUGCAGACCCUGAACACCAUUUCGGCCGAAAAGAACUCUACCAUCGUGUUUCCACUGCCCAUCGACCUCCUUACUUACUUCUUGAAAGCCAGGGAGGCGUCU